AUGACGAACGCGGGCAAGACAUUUGUCGUCGAGCACCUCGACCCGGAACUCGAGGAGUGGUCGUCGCUCGAGUACGCUGCCAUUGCCGCAGAGUCGCAUGCCUCGGGCGCCCGCUUCCUGCUGUCAUCGGUCCCCGCCUCUUUGACCCUGCCCGCCAGCCUCGAGGGCGCCAAGGGCCUCCAGGUCGAGACACGGAGCAUCGAGGAGAUAUACGCCGACCAAAAGGACAAGGUGUGUCUGCUGGACCCAGCAGCGUCCAAGGACCUCAGUCCAGCCGACGGCGACGCCUUUGACAUUUUUCUCUUCGGUGGCAUCCUGGGGGACGAUCCGCCGAGAGACCGAACCUCAGAACUGCGGAAAAAAGGCUACCAGGGCCGUCGGCUGGGCCCGGUACAAAUGACGACCGACACGGCUGUACGGGUCACCAGGAUCUGCGUCCAGGACAAGGUGCCCGUCGACCAGAUUGCCUACAUUGACCACCCCGACUUGAAAAUCAACCAGAACGAGAGCACGCAGAUGCCCUUCCGCUACGUCAAGGGCGACGACGGGCAGCCCAUUAUGCCAGAGGGCAUGCGUGAUCUGAUCGUGAAAGACUCGGCAAAGAGUCUCGACGACCUCUUCUAA